AUGGCGUCCUCGCGGAAGCGCUGGAUGUUGACGGAGGACAACCUCCGCCGGUUCCAGCCUUCCCUGAUCCAGCCCAUGGAGCCCGUGUCCAUAUCCUCGCGCGACGAUGGCGACAACGAUGCUGUAGCCAACGAGGACCCCGCCGUCGACGCAGUGAUUGCGCGCGAAGCACCUGCCGCCCGCGUGGCCCGCCUACGGUCCUGGGUCUACAACGCCAUGCUGACGCUAGUGGGGCUCGGUGACGAGGGCGUGGCGGUCCUGGCAGAUGAGGAGCUCUACAUUGCAGGGCCCGGUGACGUCAGGUUAGCACCCAGAUACCGCAAACGGACGACAGCGCGGUUAAAAACAGGUGCAGAGCGGAUCGAGGGGGCCGAGGGGGCUGAGGUGGAGGCCGAUCAAAGGCACUAUUACCGCAAUAGCGACGAUAACGACGACGACAACGACGAGACAGAAGAACAGGAACAGGAAGGACCGGACUUGAGUGACCCCGCGUACUGGCAGGCCAAGCUGCGCUACCUCGAGGCCAAGUGCCGGCCACUGAGCCAGGCGCACAGGAAGCGUCGGCGGUUAGCACCUGCGUCACAGAUUGCUGCCGAAGACGCAGCGCGUGCCGAGGCGGAGGCCAGUGCGGCCGAGGGUCGCGGGUACGGCUGCGGCUACGACUUUCCAAGUGGCCGAAAGCAGCAGCAGGAGCAAGCCGACCCCCAAAUCCUCUCUGACGAGCAGCGCCAAGCACGUGAGGAGGCACGCGCGGAGGCACGCGCAGAGCAAGCUCGCAUCGAGCAGAGCAAGCUGUUGUGGCGUGACAAGCGCGGCAACAUCGAGCGUUGGGUGCAGACGAUACCACCGCCUCCUGCUCUGCCCAAAUCGUCGCCCCGGGGCCAGGCGUACUGGUCCACCACUGGUGGUGUGCCGCACCUUCCUUACGGCGGUCUGGGCGGUCCAGCGUUUGAUAGUCAGCAUGACCUUCCGGUCCCCUAUUACCAGCAGCCGGCAGCAGUUCUGUCAGACUCGUCCAUUGUUGAAAUUACUCCGGCUCAGUUUUCCAACGUUCAGCCAGAUCCUCCGCAUGAGACGCAGCAGCAAGAACAGCUACAGCAGCAGCAGCAGCAGCAUCAACAGCAAGAAGCCCGCCAGCAGUCACAGGCAACAACGGCCAUGCGUGCACCUUAUGACGCUGUGCUGGACGCCGAGAGGUCAGCCGUCACUGCACAACCUGUGCCGCAACACACUACACCACACGACGUGGCCGAUGCAUCUCUCGACCUUUCGGCUGUUACGGCAGCUACAGCCCCGCCCACAGCAGCGACCCCGGCUACGCAACCCAUCGAGACGCCCAAUACGAGUGCAUCGCCCGGCGAAGUGCCAAACGGGGAUGAUGCGUCCGGGCCAACUGGGGCAGCGUCGCACAAACGUGGGAGCCACGGACAGCAGGGCACGCCUGCCGCCCGGAGCAAGCGGCGACGAGUCGGUACCGACACGGACAAUGACUGCGGCAAGGUGUGA